AUCAUUUCGUGAAACAAACGUACAAACAAACUUCAUUCGAAGCUUUUGUCGGCACACUUCGAAUUUCCACUCCAAUUGCGAUUUUCUCACAAACGUUUCUUCGACAUUCUCCGGGAAAAUUCCACCAGCCUCCCGCGCUCGAAAGCCGAGCAAUAACAAUAACCCCUUUCGAUUCCCACACCUCCUGAUUUUUUUUUUGGUUUUUUUGGGGCGUAAGGCAAAACCCACUAGGGUUUUCGAGGAGGUGAAAUGGCUAUGGCAGCCCCUGGGCAACUCAACGUGAACGAGUCACCGUCGUGGGGGUCCAGAAGCGUCGAUUGCUUUGAGAAGUUGGAGCAAAUUGGCGAGGGCACAUAUGGUCAAGUUUACAUGGCUAGAGAGAUCAAAACUGGCGAAAUUGUUGCUCUGAAAAAGAUACGAAUGGACAAUGAGAGAGAAGGGUUUCCUAUAACAGCUAUUCGUGAAAUCAAAAUUCUGAAGAAGCUACACCAUGAAAAUGUAAUCAAGUUGAAAGAAAUUGUGACUUCUCCAGGACCUGAGAAAGAUGAACAAGGGAGGCCAGAUGGUAACAAAUAUAAAGGUGGCAUCUAUAUGGUCUUUGAAUACAUGGACCAUGAUUUGACUGGUCUUGCUGACCGACCAGGGAUGAGAUUCACAGUUCCCCAAAUUAAGUGCUACAUGCGACAGCUUCUGACUGGGCUGCAUUAUUGUCAUGUAAAUCAAGUACUUCACCGUGAUAUCAAAGGUUCAAAUCUUCUCAUAGAUAAUGAAGGUAAUCUGAAACUUGCUGAUUUUGGAUUGGCACGGUCAUUUUCUAAUGAGCACAAUGCAAAUCUUACUAAUCGUGUCAUCACAUUAUGGUACAGACCCCCUGAGCUGCUGCUUGGGACAACGAGGUAUGGGCCAGCUGUAGACAUGUGGUCUGUGGGGUGCAUCUUCGCAGAGCUUCUUCAUGGGAAGCCUAUAUUUCCUGGAAAAGAUGAGCCCGAACAAUUAAAUAAGAUUUUCGAGCUGUGUGGAGCACCAGAUGAAGUGAACUGGCCUGGUGUUUCUAAGACUCCUUGGUAUAAUCAGUUUAAGCCAACAAGACCAAUGAAAAGACGUCUACGGGAAGUUUUCAGACAUUUUGAUCGUCAUGCUCUGGAAUUGUUGGAGAAGAUGCUGACACUUGAUCCUGCUCAGAGAAUUACUGCGAAGGAUGCGCUCGAUGGUGAAUACUUCUGGACUGAUCCAUUACCAUGUGAUCCUAAGAGUUUACCCAAAUAUGAGUCAUCUCAUGAGUUCCAAACCAAGAAAAAGCGCCAGCAGCAACGACAAAAUGAAGAAAAUGCCAAGCGUCUUAAAAUGCAGCAUCCUCAACAGCAUUCACGCCUGCCCCCUAUUCAGCAGGCUGGACAACAGCACCCUCAAAUGCGGCAAGGUCCUAACCACCCUAUUCACGGGUCUCAACCAGGAGUUACGGCUGGGCCUAGCCAUCAUUAUGGGAAGCCUCGAGGUCCCUCUGGUGGGCCUGGACGAUAUCCUCCUGGUGGAAACCCUGGUGGGGGAUACAAUCACCCAAAUCGUGGAGGUCAAGGAGGAGGAGGUGGUAGUUAUGGCAGUGGGCCGUAUCCUCCCCAAGGACGGGGUGCAUCUUAUGGUUCAAGUGGUAUGCCUGGUGGUUCCAGUGGCGGUCCUCGUGGUGGGGGUGGUAGUGGCUAUGGUGUUGGAGCUCCAAAUUAUCCUCAAGGUGCUCCUUAUGGUGGAUCAGCAGCAGGACGUGGUUCAAACAUGAUGGGGGGUAACCGCAACCAACAGUAUGGUUGGCAGCAGUAAAACCCUUUCUUUUCUUAUCAUAUUGUUGGUAUUGUAAUUUGGUGAAACUAUGGUAGUUGAUGAACACACACUUGUGGAAAGAUCAGCAUAGUGAUGGAUUGAGUUAUUGAGAAAAAGCUUCUAUUCAUUGAUUAUUGAUAUUAUAUAAUACUAGUACGAUUACUUGAACUGGAA